AUGACUGUACAAUCAAGAAUAGGCGAAGAAAAUAAAUCUGGACAAUAUUCAUCGAAAGAACUUGAUACAUGGAUUGAACAAUUAAAAGAAUGUAAACCAUUACAAGAAAAUCAUAUUAAAUAUUUAUGUGAACAGGCUAAAGAUAUUUUAUCAAAAGAAUCAAAUGUACAAGAAGUCAAAUGUCCGGUGACUGUUUGUGGUGAUGUACAUGGACAAUUUCAUGAUUUAAUGGAACUUUUUAAAAUUGGUGGUAAUGCACCUGAUACAAACUAUUUAUUUAUGGGAGAUUAUGUUGAUCGUGGUUAUCAUUCAGUUGAAACUGUAACAUUAUUGGUUGCAUUAAAAGUUCGUUAUAAAGAUCGAAUAACAAUUCUUCGUGGUAAUCAUGAAUCUCGACAAAUAACACAAGUAUAUGGAUUUUAUGAUGAAUGUUUAAGAAAAUAUGGCAAUGCUAAUGUAUGGAAAUAUUUUACAGAUUUAUUUGAUUAUCUUCCAUUAACAGCUAUUGUUGAUAAUCAAAUAUUUUGUUUACAUGGUGGACUUAGUCCAUCAAUUGAUACAUUAGAUCAUAUUCGAGCUUUAGAUCGAAUUCAAGAAGUUCCACAUGAAGGACCUAUGUGUGAUUUAUUAUGGUAA